AUGGUGGGAGAGCAACACCUUCCGUUUGUCCUCUACGCAAUUUUUACUGCUGUGCUUCUUAGUGAAGGAAGUCAAGGUAUAUUGGGUAAUUUUUUGUUUAUUAAGAAUAUGAGCUCUAACAUGCUAAUAGUUGUCGGCAAUUUUCUUCAGCAAAAUAAUGUGGAAGUUUCAUUUCGAGUAAGGUAGAAGGCAUUGGUGGUGGGGCACGCACGGAAAUAGGAAGGUACUGAAUACGAGCUUAUACUCAAACGUUAAGGACUCUAGCUACGCUCAGUGCGUGUAACCUUUCAUAAAUCUACCAAAUGCAAUAGUCCAGAGGUAACAGGGGGCUAUUUUAGCCUAAAAAAUUAUUAUUCUUUUACAGAAGUCAUUUUCAAAGCUGGAAAAAUCAAUACAACUACCAGGAACCCAGGGUUGUUCGCGUGUGAGAAAAUCACAUUCGCUAGACUGUUCUCUGGCGGAAAGCAAGUGAAAGUGUUUGCCUCGUCUGGACACUCAGUGAUCAGCCAAACCCGUGGUAAUGGUGCUGCUAUUUGGGUGGAAUCGGUAGAUAGAAAUCAAUUCCGCGCUUGCUUCUACGAGUACAGCAACGGCUCAAAUACAACUGCUGAGAUAAACUGGAUUGCCCUACAAUCUGCCCCUCCGGGGGCACAACUAGGAACCACUUCCUUGGGCUCUUGGACUACCGGAACAGAAUGUAAGAAGAUCUACUUUCCUCAG